AUGACUCUGUUACGGAUAAUAUUCUUACUGCUGAUGUCAUCUCGCAUGAGAUCCGAGCAGUUCUGUGCGACUGAUGGAAGCGAUCCCACUCCGACAUGGGCGCCAUCAGAUACCUGCACUGAUGAUGCUUUUGCCAAUAUUAAAGUACCUCCUGUGCUCAACAGUUCUGCACAGACCUAUGUUCAGCACGAUUGUGGCAUUGCCGUGAUUCUUGACUUGGAUCGAACCUACACUACCGAUGAGGGUUUUUACGACGUUCGUCUUUUCAUUAGUGACACCAUCGCAGGAUGCAUGUCCCGAGGAAUUGGCUACAGAACCUUCAUUUAUCCAAUGUUUAACUCGUCGAUUCGAACGGUAUGUUGUGCUGAGGAAGUGUGCAGUCAGCAGAUCGAGCUGAUGAAUUACGAUGACUACGUCGUCAGCUACGAUUCGACAUCACUUUUUACGACAACCUUUAUUUAUCCGAUGUUCAACUCGUCGAUUCGAACGGUAUGUUGUGCUGAGGAAGUGUGCAGUCAGCAAAUUGAGCUGAUGAAUUACGAUGACUACGUCGUCAGCUACGAUUCGACAUCACCUCUCCAGAAUGAGACCAGCAAGGCGAAUUUCACAUAUGCUCUAGUUGGUUUGGACGCAAAAUAUUCCUCUUGCUCUGACAACAAACUUCCCCAUCCAUUAGACAAGAGUCAAGAUGAGCUCGCAUCACUUCCCGUUCGAAUCCGAUGCACACUUGAUGGGAUCCGUGUCAGGUUUGGAGGCACAAUUGCGUUUUCUAAAAAUCUAAAGGAAAAAGCAUUCCAGAUGAAGCAGUUCGCUCAGCCAAACACUAAGUGUCUUUAUAAUACAAUUGUGCUGUUGACUAAUCGGGUAUUUGUCACCGAUCAGGAAAUGCUCGGGAAAGAUGUCGCGAAUAUCGUCAAUUACGGCUGUAUCACAUUUACUGUUAUCGCUCUUGGUAACACUGGUAUCACCCAAGAACUGCUAUAUCAAUACUAUUCAUCGUAUACUCAACGCCUCUUCGUCGUCCCUGGCUAUAACUGCAUUACCAGACUAGACGUAUGUUCAUAUGGAGGGUCGCUCAAGCCAUUGGCUAAAAACAUGAAUACGACACAGGCGACUGUCAAGUAG